UGUUUUUUUUAAAGCGCAAGGAACCGAACCCCCCAAUCCCAAUAGACUCAAGGUCUCGUUAUUUGCGGUUUCAUUAUCCGCAGAAAUAGGCAGGAACAGAACGCCUGCAAAUAAUGAGGGCCAUCUAUGGUACAAAGCCUGAUAUUGGGAUAGAGGUUUAACAACAUCUGGAAGUGUGUCCCUGAAGUCUGAAAUUAAGAAGUUGAUCUACAUGCAGGUGGCAUUGUGGCUACUGGUGGUGGCACAGAUGUGUUCAGCCCACUUUAAGUUACUGGCCCAUGACCAGGUGGCCAUGCCUUACCAGUGGGAAUACCCGUACUUGCUCAGUAUAAUCCCUUCACUCUUCGGCCUUCUCUCCUUUCCACGGAACAACAUCAGCUACCUGGUGAUCUCCAUGAUCAGCACUGGCCUUUUCUCAGUGGCACCUCUCAUCUAUGGCAGCAUGGAGAUGUUCCCUAUGGCACAGCAGCUGUUCCGCCAUGGCAAAGCCUAUCGCUUCAUCUUUGGCUUCUCUGCUGUCUCUGUCAUGUACCUGCUAGUUGUGGUGGCUGUGCAGGUUCACGGCUGGCAGCUUUAUUACAGUAAGAAGUUGCUGGACUCCUGGUUUGCCAGCACACAGGAGAAAAAGAAGAAAUGAACAAGGGGUUGGGAGUUGCCUGCAUGCAACACUGUCUUGGGACAAGGGGUAGGAGCUAGCAGGUGCCCCUACUCAAGCAGAAGUAGAUGGUCCUUUUGGGAUUCUCUGUCAUCCUCACUGAGCCAAGUUGAUGGGAGAUGCCAGAGGUUUCUUCAGUUAUGUAGAAGUUUCUUCUAGCGUGGGCUGAAGGGCUUGCAGGCAUGGACAACCAUGCCUUGGAAAGGAUUUACAGGGCCCUCUUGCCACAGAAGUGGUAGCUGGUGUCCUUGAAAAAGAUGGCAUCUUCUUCCAGCCAAGCUGGUGAGCAAUGAUGGAGCUCCUGAUGAUGUGAGUGAACAUUGACCCAUGUGCUGGCAUCCUUGAACUGAUUGUUUCCAUCAUCUUGUGCUGUGGGUGAUAAGAUGGUUCUUAUCAUGGAUGGCAGAGCUGCCCAUGGUAAGACCAGGAUCCCUUGCAUACACCCAUCCCAGGAUUCCCAGUAGGCAGUGCCACAGUCCUCAGUCCAACCACUAUGUGAAUGCAUUUCCCCAGGGAUAGUGAUUUUCCUUGCUGUGGUGGAAGGAAGGUCUCUUGCCUUGAUGAGCUUCCAGCCAAAGUGGCUGUCACCCAGAUGUUGUCAAGCUUUACUUUUACCCCUUUUCCUGCCAACAGUAGACAGACAUAUGCCAAGCAUUGAACUGUGGAAUGGACACUGCCUCUCUGAGCCUGGCCUGCUUUUUCUGUGUUUACAGCCUGCCCUUCUCAUGGGAUCCCAUCCUUUCUCAGAUGUUCCCUUGCCUUUUCCUCAGGUCGUGUUGCUGCCCCAGAGACAACGACUGCUGCUUCGCUCCCAGCCAGUGGGUUUAGCACCCGCUCCUGUGCACUUGUGAACCAAAUAAAGAGCUAACUUGUGGAA